AGUUUUUCAAAAUUGAAUGAUGCACUGAGAAGAAAAGAUUUGAUGCAAUGAAAGAAAUAUUGACUAACGAAACAAAAUGAAAUUAGCAAGAAAUCUCAAAUUUAGCGUUAAACCAGGAAAUGGUACCGGAAAUUGAGCACAAAUCCAAAUAGUUUCCGCAUCACCUGGUUCAGCGAAUUCAGUUCACUUCUGUCACUUGCAUCUAACCUAUUCGAAAUGUACCGCUCGGAAGUCUCUAAGCCACAACUGGAAAAUCCAAACCUAGUCGAUAGAAUAAUUGUAAUUAUUCUGCCGAACUAUUUCUAUGAAUAUGAAUCCGUACUGAAGCACAUAACAAAAGAAAACUUCGGGAUUAUAGAGAAAACUGUGAAGCAUUUUAAAACUGAAGAAGUCAUGGAGUGGAAAAGUGCUGAUCUUGAAUCCCAAGAUAUCUGGAACUUAUCAGACAGGCUAAUAGACGGACCAUGCAUGUUACUAUUGUGUCAACGAGCGAAUGCUUUUAUUGAGAUGAAAGAAGUGGCCAAAUAUCACAAUGUGAUCGCUAAGAGAAUGAGUUCAAGUGAUGGAAUAUAUUAUUCAAAAACGACAAUUGCCGCCUAUCACGAUAUAAUUUUCUUUUUCCCCAAGUACAUUGACGAAAGAGCAAUGCUGAAACAUGCCAAGGAUUAUCUCUCAGUAGAAGUAUGGCCGAAACUGAGCCAGGGACUGGCUCGCGUAGCAGUUGAGAGACCGGAUAAUCCAAUUAAAUGGCUCGCAGAUUAUCUACACCAACUACGCCAAUAAGUUUAUGUUUCUAAAAAAUAAUAUAGUGUAAAUACCCAUAAACCAAUAAAACAAUAAAUUUUUUAAAAAUA